UUUCUCAUUUGGUUCAUGGGCUCGCCGUACCCGCCAGCCCCCGGAGCAGCGCCCUACCCGCCAGCAGGGGGGGCAGCGCCCUACCCACCUGCCGGGGGGAUGUCACCCUACCCCCCCGCCCCAGGAGCAUCCCCAUACCCUCCUGCCCCAGGAGGGUACCCGCCAGCCCCGGGGGCGUCGCCUUACCCGCCCACAUCGGGGACGUCGCCCUACCCUCCGGCGCCAGGAGCUUCGCCCUACCCGCCAGCCCCAGGGGCGUCCCCCUACCCGCCAGCAGGGGGGGUGGCGCCCUACCCACCAGCCUCGGGGGCGGCACCCUACGCCCCUGCGGGCGGCUCCUCGCCCUAUCCGCCUGCCCCAGGGGCCGGCGCCUACCCGCCAGCCUCAGGCGCGCCGGGAUACCCACCAGCCACAGGGGCGCCAGGAUACUCACCAGCCACGGGGGGGCCAGGAUACCCCUCAGCCACUGGAGCCCCCGGCUACCCGCCAACAUCUGGAGCACAAGGGUACCCUGCCUACGGCCAGCCCAGCUACGGAGGCAGCCCCGCCAUGGGCCAACAAUACGGCGGGACGCCCCAGGGAGGCAGCUUCAGCCCCUACACGGAGAUCCCCACCGUGACCCACAUUGCCAGCUUCGACCCCAGCGGCGAUGCCUCCGUCCUCCGCAAGGCCAUGAAGGGGCUGGGCACGGACGAGGCUGCCAUCAUUGGGGUCCUGUCUCACCGCACCUCCGACCAGCGACAGCAAAUCCUCCUCAAGUACCAGCAGGCCUAUGGAAGGGACGAGGAUGGCGCUAAGGCAGGGAAGGGACUCGAGGGGGAUCUCAUCAAGGACCUGAAGAGUGAGUUGAGCGGCAAGUUUGAGGACACCAUCAUUGCCCUGAUGACGCCGCUGCCGCUGUACCUGGCCCACGAGGUGCACAACGCCAUACAGGGCAUCGGCACCAAUGAACGCACACUGGUGGAGGUUCUGUGUACACGCGACAACGCCUCCCUCAUGGCCAUCAAGAAUGCCUACUUCCACCACUACCGCAAGAAGCUGGAGGAUGACCUCAGAGGAGACACCUCUGGGGACUUCCGCCGCCUCCUCAUCUCCAUGUGUGCAUGCAGCAGAGAUGAAACCAGCUGUGACCCGGCCCUCGCCAACGGCCUGGCCCAGCAGCUGUACAAGGCCGGCGUGGGCAAGGUUGGCACGGAUGAGGGCGAGUUUAACCGCAUCCUGUCCUGCUACUCCUACCCGCUCCUGCGCAUCGUCUUCGAGGAGUACAAGAAGAUCAAGGGCAAGUCCUUCGGCGACGCCCUGAACUCUGAGCUCUCCGGGGACCUGAAGAUUGGCAUGAUGGCUGUCUACGACAGCAUCCUGAACCGAGCUGCAUACUUCGCCAAGGAGCUCCACAACUCCAUGUCGGGGAUGGGCACCAAUGACCGGGCUCUCAUCCGCCUGGUGGUGUCCCGCGCCGAGAUCGACAUGGGCAACAUCAAAUCAGAGUACCAGAAGAUCUACGGAAAGCCCCUGGAGAAGGCUAUCAAGGGCGACACCUCCGGUGACUACAAGAAAUUGCUGCUGGCACUCAUUGGUGCUUAGUUAGCUAGAUAAGUCUGUCUGUCUCCCCUUGCAUACGCCUCCUCGCCCUCGCGUGUCCCCCUGGCAUGGAAGGUCUUUUUUAACGUCAUGCAAUCUGUUUCAUCAUCCAGAGCGACAUUUCUGGGGACUACAAGCAGCUCCUCAUUGGCAUGGUGGAAGGCUAAGGUGCUGCUGUGCCUUACCUUGCCUUGCCCAGUGCCACCACCUCACGCCCGACUCACUGCCACCAAGACCUGGCUGCCCUCACACUGCGCUGCCUCCUCCUCCCUGCCUGCAAUGUCCUAUUCUCCCCCCCCUCCCCUCAGUGUGUGUGUGUGUGUGUGUGUGUGUAGCAAUGGAAGUAGCUCAAAGGCAACAAAAAACAGGAACUAAAAAAGCAUCAAGUCAUGUUCAUGUUAAAAGAAGUCAGUACAAGAACCCAUAGAUGGUGUGUGUGUGUGUGUGUGUGUGUGUGUGUGUGUGUGUGUGUGUGUGUGUGUGUGUGUGUGUGUGUGUGUGUGUGUGUGUGUGUA